UUCCUCUCUAAAUAUAUGUGUGGUCCUUAACGAUAUGUCUGACGCCAUAUAACCGUAAAUACAAUGUGUUGAGUGCAUCGGAAAGAGUACCGUAUUUUCCCCACUAUUGGGGUAUUGAAUUAACCAUAUGAACUGGGUAUUGCAUUAAACACUACAAACGAUGUAGUGCUAGGCCUGGAUUCGAACUCCAGACCAUCGGGACUGUAGCCGACCACUGUAUCCACUCGACCAUGCAGUGGAUCAACAAGUGAAACUGCAUUUUAAUACUUAUAAAUCUCAUAGGGUGUAUUUUGACGGAAUGAACCGAACGUGUACGGAAUAAAACGAAGAUUUAGUCCCAUGAUGCCUCAUUCUGUCUUCUGUGCUAUAUUUCUUCCAAAAGCACCAUCAAAAGCACCCGUGUGGAAGAAAUUUUAUACAGAAUAGUCAAAAUGUCAAAUUUUUCAAAGGCACAAUGCAUGAUAAAAUCCAUGACUACAGAGCAGCUUGUAGGAGAAACCAGCAGUUUUAUUCUCCGCUGUUGAGAGUUUCGGCAAGGACAACAUAUUCUGAGUUUAACAGUGAAAGACCACUUAAAAACCACGCAAAGUUAUUUAAUAUUUUCUCACAUCCCAAGUUUGACUGGAGAAAUAGAAGUGAAAAAACUUACACUAACCUCAGAUUUCAUUGUGCCACACAUCCGAGUGACUUGUCAGCUGAAAAAGUAAUUUGCCAAGCUGACUGCAAGAAGGAACAAAAUUCCACCAAUUAUGCUUGUACGAAAUUGUUUGCUUUAUGGAAACAUUUCAAUAAAUUAAGUCACCAUGCAACUGUCAGUGAUAAUAACCAUGUUGUAUCAUAUUAUUCAUUGUCGUGGUUGAGGAAACUUUUCCUAGUUCCCAAAGUGUAUGCUUCAGAAAAUGAGAGUGUAUCACCCAAAGGGAAGAACAUCGCUUCAAGUUCAGACGAUCGAGAGAAAAUUUCAGAUUCAAGUUCAGAAGCUGUAGAAGAAGCUGAGAGUGUCCCAAGUAAACCUGCCAUAUCGGAUGAGGAUGUGCUGAACUAUCUGUCACAGGAAACUGGGAGACAUCGGCUGCAUGUCAUGUUUUCUAAAGAAGACACUGGUGGUGUGAGUCCGGAGCUCUCGUUCAUCAGUCAGGUUGUCUUCCAGUCUGCCGCCAUUGUGUUCCUCCUCAUGUCCAUCAUCGGCGGCCGACAGGGUAGAGAUAUGUUUCUCAUGCAGAACCAGCCAACAGUUUUCAGGUCGAGGUUUCUAGCUUUUAGGAAACUACACGAUGUUGUGUUUUUGGAGAGUAUAAAGUGCGGAGUCAAAUGGGGAUGGAAGAUAGCAAUGUUUACAUUUCCAUUUCUAAUAGUAUCACAGAGUAUUGCUGUGUACCGAAACAAGACUUCACCACUGGAGUAUUCCGUAGCAGCAGGAGUGACGGGGUCCAUUCUCAAGUUAAACCUCGGACCUAAAGGAAUGUUUGCUGGAGGUGUCGUUGGAGCUGUUAUGGGAGCUAUGGUUGGUGUUUUAGUGUGGGCUGGACUCAAACUUGUACAUCAGACUCAAGAAGAGAGACAUUAUACUCAAGUUCAAGAGCGUCUUCAAAACAAGAUGGUAUACGGAGGCCAAGCUGCAGCUGUUCUAACAGAUGACAAACUUAUUGCGAGUCCUACAUGACAUGCCAUUACAGAGCUUUCUCAGUUGUAUCUUAAUAUCACUGACCAGUGUCUUAUUAUCAUAGACCAGGAGCACAACUUUGUGAUCUCGCAUUGCUAUGCUAAAAGACUUGCAAAGAGGAUGCUUUGGUGUCUAGCAGAGCCUAAGUGAACUUUGUGAAUUAGGCCCGUUUCUUGACCUUUUACAAAAAUGUUUUUUGUA